CGCUCCGCUGUCCGGCCGAGCCGCGCGCCUCCAGCCGCUUCAUGAGCGCGUAAAAAAGGUGCCAGGGACGCACGGGACUCUCUGUGGAUCUGCCUCCGAAGCCAGGGGAACCAUGGAUUAUAGGAGGGGAGCCACUUAUCUCUCCAUCGUCGUGCUGAUAAUGAGCAGCACCGUCGACGCUCUUUUCGACAGACUUCUGCAGGAAAACUACUCGGAUGAGCCAUUUCCACGUCGCCUGGAAGACGACAGCCAAAUUGCCUCCUGUGACUUUGAGUCUCCGUGUCUCUGGACGACGUCAAACAACCACAGUUCCUGGUCGGUGGCGUCGCCUCAGCAGACCGAGCCGGCGACGCCCGGGGCGUUACCCGAGACCGACCACUCAGCAGGAAGCCCCGACGGGCACUUCCUCCUUCUGAGUGCCUCGCCUGCCGCUGAGGCUUCUGGGAGCUGCGAACACCAGCUGACCAGCCCGGUUCUGCCUGCCAGCGGCUCGCUCUGCUUCCUGCAGGUGGCCGUGUUCGAGUCCGGCCCGGCCGGAGGGAACCUGACGCUCCUGAUCAAACCCGUCCUCUCCAGCCUCGCCGUUCACUCUCAAGUCCUUCACCGCCGCCGGAGGGCCGGCCACAGGGCGGAGUGGGAGGUGCUGGAGGCGGCCAUCGGACAGGUGGACCAACCCUUCCAGGUGAGCCUGGUCUACACUUCCUGUGUGGGAGCGGGAGAGGACUCCUCCUCCGCCGCCGCCGCCGUCGCUCUGGACUCUCUGGAGCUCCUGGGCUGUGAGUCAGAAGACCAGUACACCCAGCUGAGCGCCCCCUGCGGAGACUCCUUCCACUGCGAACACUCGGGCGGCUGCAUCCACCCCAGUCAAGUCUGCAACUUCCACACGGACUGUCCUCUCGGGGAGGACGAGGGCCUCGUCUGCGACGCUCUUCCCUUCGGCUCCUACUGCUCCUUCGAUCGAGACUCCUGCGGCUGGUCGGUGUCCAGGCGGCUCUCCGGCUGGAGGAGGGUCGCUGGAGACCGGCUCCUGGAGCAGGACGACAUGCAGGGCGUCACCCUGCAGCGCACGCCAGGGCACAUCUUGUUUCUGCGGGUCCGGGGGAGUAACUCCCUCCAGGAAGCCUCGGUGUCCAGCGCUGCUUUCCCUCGUCCCGUCUCCAGCGCCGCCUGCCAGAUGCGCUUCUCUCUGUACGUGUACGGCAAGUUCAACGGCUCGCUGUCGGUGUCCGUGGAGGAGAACGGCACGGCGGCGGCGCCGCUGGUGUGGGAGAGGAAGGGCCCCUGGACGGACGACUGGGAAGCCGUCGCGCUGCAGCUGACCGGCCUCCGGCACGAGUUUCAGCUGAAGGUGACGGCCGUGUGGGCGCCGGGCUCCACCGCCGACGUCGCUCUGGACGACGUCGCCGUCGGAGCCGCCUGCUUCAGCACAGAUCUCAACUCUCUGCUGCCCGUGACCGACUUUGAGGAUUUCUUGAGCCCUCUACCCGAGCCGUCUGCUUCAGAAGUGUCUCUGAUGACUUGGUGGUUUAACUCAUGCGGCGCCAGCGGGCCUCAGGGUCCGACCCAGGCCCAGUGCGACAGCACCUACCGGAACACGAACGUCAGCGUGACGGUGGCGAAGGAGGGCUCGCUGAGGGGAGUGCAGAUGUGGAGGGUGCCUGCCACAAACAGAUACCUGAUCUCUGCUUACGGGGCUGCAGGCGGGAAAGGAGCCAAGAACCACAACAAACGCAACCACGGCGUCUUCAUAUCCGCCAUAUUUCCUCUGGAGAAAGGAGAGACGCUGUACAUCCUGGUGGGCCACCAGGGAGAGGACGCGUGCCCCGGGAGGAAUCCUCACACCCAGAAGAUCUGCCUCGGCGAGUCGUCUGUGAUUGAAGACAACCUGCGGACGGAGGCCGGCGCAGAGUGGGCGGGGGGCGGAGGCGGCGGCGGGGGCGCCACCUACGUCUUCAAGAUGGAGGGAGGUGAUCUGGUUCCUUUGCUGAUCGCCGCUGGAGGAGGAGGAAACUCCUACAUGGAGGACCCCGAGUCCAGCCUGGACCAGAUCCCUCUGGAGCAGUUUGAGAACAGCACCAACGCUCCCAGCACCAGUGGUCGAACCGGGGCGGCAGGUGGAGGCGGGGGCUGGAGGGGUGUCCCCUCCACCGCCCCAGGGGCCGGGAAGUCUCUGGAGGACGGAGCAGAGGGGGGGUCCUCCUGUCCCCUGGCGGUGUCCAGGCUGGGCUGGUCCACUUUUGGCGGUUUUGGAGGAGGAGGAGGAGCGUGCACAGCCGGAGGAGGCGGAGGAGGAUACAGAGGAGGCGACGCCGCGCCGACGGACGAGCUGACGGCCGACGGGCAGAACGGGAUCUCCUUCAUGCAUCCGAUGGGGGAGAUUUUCCUGCAGCCCCUUGCCGCCAUGGAGAGCCACGGCGAGUGUGACAUCAAGGUGCAGCUGAACUGCAGCCACUGCCAGUCGCAGAGCUGCCGGCGGGAGGAGGACUCCCACCUCGUCCUCUGCCUGUGCGACGAGGACCAAGUCCUCGCCGGAGACAACGUCACGUGCGUCGGCGCCGCCGCGCCCCCGCAGGGCCCGGCGCCGCAGGGCCAGAUGUCCACCUCGCUGAUCCUGGCCGUGGUCAUCUCCACCACGCUGAGCGGCGUCGCCCUGGUCUGCGCCGGCGUCCUCCUCAUGUGGUACCGCAGGAAGAACGAGCUGCACGCCGUCCGGGGCCGCCUGCAGAGCCCGGAGUACAAGCUGAGCAAGAUCCGCUCCUCCACCAUCAUGACGGACUACAACCCAAACUACUGCUUCGCCGGCAAGGCGGCGUCGCUCAGCGAGCUGAAGGAGGUGCCGCGCAGGAACAUCACGCUCCUCAGGGCGCUCGGCCACGGCGCGUUCGGCGAAGUGUACGAAGGACAGGUCCUGGGGAUGAGCGGCGACGGCGGCCCGAUGCAGGUGGCCAUAAAGACUCUUCCAGAAAUCUGCUCGGAACAAGAUGAAAUGGAUUUCCUGAUGGAGGCGCUGAUUAUGAGCAAGUUCAGCCAUGAGAACAUCGUGCGCUGCAUCGGCGUGAGCCUCAACAUCCUGCCACGUUUCAUCCUGCUGGAGCUGAUGACCGGAGGAGACAUGAAGAGCUUCCUCAGACAGAACAGACCGCGAGCCGGCCACAGCUCGUCGCUCUCCAUGCGGGAGCUGCUGCGGAUGGCCCGAGACAUCGCCUGCGGCUGCCGCUACCUGGAGGAGAAUCACUUCAUCCACAGGGACAUCGCUGCCAGGAACUGCCUGCUGACGUGUCCCGGUCCCGACAGAGUGGCCAAGAUCGGGGACUUCGGCAUGGCGAGGGACAUCUACAGAGCCAGUUACUACAGGAAGGGCGGCCGCGCCAUGCUGCCGGUCAAAUGGAUGCCGCCGGAGGCCUUCAUGGAGGGAAUCUUCACCUGCAAGACGGACACGUGGUCGUUUGGGGUGCUGCUCUGGGAGAUCCUCUCUCUGGGAUACAUGCCCUAUCCCUGUAAAACCAACCAGGAGGUCCUGGAGUUCGUCACCAGCGGGGGACGGAUGGACCCUCCGAAAAGCUGCCCGGGGCCAGUCUAUCGGAUAAUGACCCAGUGCUGGCAGCACUGCCCCGAACACCGGCCCAACUUCUCCACCAUCCUGGAGAGAAUCAACUACUGCACUCAGGACCCCGAUGUGAUCAACACCCCCCUCCCAGUGGAAUACGGUCCCAGCAGCGAGGAGGAUGGCGGCACGGUGAUCCGCCCCACCGGCCCGUCCUCCACCGGCCUGGCUCCGGCCUCCCAGCUGGGCCCGGGUCCCCCCUGCCUGCCCCCGCAGCCCGCCAGGCCCCUGCUGCAGAGGACGCAGCCCGUCCACCAGCAGGUGGCGUCCUGCCGCGAGGCGCCGGAGCCGUCCUGGGCCGAGGCCGUCCCCGCCGCCGCCCGGCUCCACCCCGAGCCCCCUCAGCACCGGCCCUGCUCCAGGAACAGCUCCUCCUCGGGGAGCCAGAGGCUGAAGAACAAGACCAAGAACCUCUGGAACCCAACCUACGGCUCCUGGGUCUUGGAAAACUUCAAGGGGAAGAAGACCCUGGCCCACACCCAGUCCGUGCCGCUGUCCGGCCCUCAGACCUGCGACCCCGCGGCGGAGAAGCCCGAGGCCGGCUGCGACGGCGCCGGCGCCACCUACCUCAACCCCCCCGGCAGCAGCACCUCCUCAGCUCCGGCGGCUUCCUGUCAGGCUCAAGCUGCCCAGAGCGCGUCCUGCCAGAAGACGGCGGCGGGCGGCGGCACGAAGGCCGGAAUCGACCUGGCAAAGCUCCAAAGCUUCCCGUGCGGCAACGUCAACUACGCCUACGACGAGCAGAGCUACGAGGCGGAGAGUCUGCCCCUGGUGGUCCCCAGAGCCCCGGAGGCCGCCUCCAGCUCCAGCUCCGCCCUGAGCCUGUCCUCGGGGACCGGCCUGGGCCUGGCGCUCGGCCUCAGCUCCGCGUCCUGCGUGCCCAAGCUGCUGCUGAAACGCCACGCCAGCUACGGACACGAGGACGUCCGGAGACACACCAAAGCGGACAAGCCCACGCGAGACCGCGACUCGGGCUUCUCCCUGUCCGAAGACCUCAGCGUGACCCCCAUCUGACCCCGGGAAUCCCCGAGGCUCCUCCCGAAAUACGACUGGACACGCUGAAGAAAGAAUUUCCUCCUCUCAGGCUUCAUCAGAUGGAAUGAGCGGAGCGAGUCUGGUUGUCCCUUCAGAGGUAAAGAGGGACGAACCCGUCUCCUCUGGAAUGUCCCCGAGUCCUUUAUCUGCCACAAGAAGCACCGCCGUGACGACUCUGUCACGGUCCAACAGCCAGAAGGUCCAGUUACCGCAGCUCCUGGAAUGCUGGAAAACACACACUCCCUCACACACACACACACACACAAACACACACACACUCCUUUGCACUGUGAUGCACAGAGUCAGGACUGGACUCUGACCCCUGCCCUGAAGACGGCCGUCGGUGAUGCCUGCUGUCGACACACUUCUCUUUUUUUAGGUUGCUUUUACGUUGUGAAGCUUCCGGAUUCAGACGGAGGAACUCGGUAGCGUGGAGAGGAGCGUUCCGCUGCAGUGGAGGAGAGCAGAACCAGGUUCUACACGUUCUUUACAGCCUUCUUCGUGUUACUUUAAUGUACUUUACAGUAGUUUUCCCAACAAAAAAUGUGAAAACACACACUCUCAAGCUCCUGUAAGCAUGAGUUUAGUUUAGUUUUUUUUGCUAGAUUUGUAGCUAGAGGUUGAUUGGUAUUUAGCUUGGUCUUAUCUAUGAGCUUUAGUCUGAACAAAGAGUGCUGACAGUGGUUUUCAAACUGUGGGGCCGGCCGUGCCUUCGGGCCUUUUCCCUGCAAAAUUAUUAAAGCUUUUAUUAAAACAGAGAUUUUUUGAGAGUGUAACUUCAAAAGUCAAUUAAAUUCUAGAACAAUCUGUAGCUUGUAUGUAACGAUAUUGCCAAAAGUAUUUGCUGUCUGUCUUCACACGCGUGUGACAUCCUAUUCCACCAACCACAAGAACGAGACCAACACUGUUCCUCUCGAACCUUUGAACUGCUGCCUCAGUACUUUCGACAUAUGAUGCGUCUGUAUAUGAAGAUAAAGGCAUUUAAGACCAGCAGGGCUGUGAUUUUUUUUUAUCAACAUCCAUAAAUGAUCACAGCUGAUGAGUGAAAAACAUCAAGACGUCCAACAUUUAACAAAAAAUGCCACGGACGUGAGAGUCGGGGUGCGAGGCUCUCGUUCUCCCCACUUUGAAAACCACUGCUCUGCAUGAAGCCAGAUGUUGAUAUUAUGGGGAACUUUGUAGAUUUUGACUGAUUUUAUUUGGAUGUAGUCCCUCCGGUCCUGAUGUUUCUGGCCUGCAGCCAGCCUGAGUCCUGUUUCAGUGUGUGCUGAUGACUGAGCCGCUGGAAAGAGAUAUAUUAGCUAUUUUUAUACUGACCUCCUCACACUGGACUAACCCAUUGCAUCUGUAGUGGUUUUGUUUUUAUCCUUUUUUUACAUUUGUGUUCAUUAUUGAUGUUGGUGAAUGUGUGCUCCUAGUCGAUCACUGCCAUGAUAAACUGCCGCUCUGGUAGUUCCUACGUUUACUCAGCAGGGGGCGCUCUCCAGCCCUCCCUGCUGCAGCUGUGAGAUGACACUGCCCAACCGAAUCUAGUUCUUGAUGUGUCCCACAAACCAAAACAGGUUAAGCUAUAACCCUUUUAGCCUCACUCUAAUUUUUCUUUUUUUAAUGAGGUUAUGUUUUUAAGUAACGAACAAAAUUAUACAGGUAAAUUGGUUUUAUUUGCUAAUUAUUCAUGUGUUAUUGACUUAAAUAAAUAGUUUUACUAUUCUUAAUACUAACUUUCAUCAGUGAUAAAGAAUUAGUUUGAAUUCAAUGUGCAAAUUUACCAAAACGUCAUAUUUUUACGGGACAAAACGUUAACCGGUGUCAUUAACUAGAGAGAUUUGGUGAAUGUCUUUUCAUGUUGUACUUAAGUUUUUUCAGGUUAUACUUAUUUAAUCAGUGUAGUAGUCGUAGCAUUAACAUGGUGAAUGAGUAGUUCUUUAGACUUUGUGUUUUAUGCGUUAUGAAACGGUAGCUCAGUGUAGUUUUUUUUUUAAACAUGUACCAAAUGGGAAAUGCUGAUUAAUUUUGAGUAUUUUCACUGCAGUAGGACAGAAUUCCUUUACAUGUUAUUCACUUUGUGUUUCUCCUGCUGUACUUUAUUUCACACGGGAAAAGGUUCUGUAGUUUAUAUGUAGCUGAAGAAUCCUCAGACUCUCUAUGCAAUAUACAGCAUUCCUCAUUUCCAUCUAACCCAACUGUGCCCCAA